ACCAUAUUCAAACACAGCACAACACAAUCUCACUUCUUCUUCUUCUUAUUCUUCUUAUUAUAUCUCUUUUUUCCCCAAAAUAUGGUUUCUUAUUCUUAUCAUCAUUAUUACUACUACCUUCUCACUUUGACGACACUCCUUUUAGUGUCGUUUUCUCUUGUAGCCACAUCCUCAAACGACAUGUCGUCCAGCUCCCGAACUGACUCAGAGCUAAAAGAGAUUUAUACGAAAUGGGUAGUUGAGAACCACAAAACCUAUAACGGUCUCGGCGAGGAAGACAGGAGAUUUCAAAUCUUCAAAGACAAUCUUCGCUUCGUGGAUCAACACAACGCCCAGGAAAACCGAUCUUACAAACUCGGGUUGAACCGGUUUGCUGACCUCACUAAUGAGGAAUACCGGGUCGGGUUUUUGGGUACUCGCUCAGAUGUUAAACGACGUGUUAUGAAGGCUCAAAACGCAAGUCGUAGAUACGCUUCUUAUGCUAAUGAUGAUCAUAAGCUGCCUCAGUCUGUUGAUUGGAGGCAAAACGGCGCCGUUAAUGCCGUUAAGAAUCAAGGAAGUUGUGGAAGUUGCUGGGCAUUUUCAACAGUGGCUGCAGUUGAAGGCAUAAACAAGAUAGUUACAGGAGAACUUGUGUCUUUAUCAGAACAAGAAUUGGUUGAUUGUGACAGAGCUUAUAACUCUGGCUGCAAUGGUGGUUUAAUGGACUAUGCCUUUGAGUUCAUCAUCAAAAAUGGUGGAAUUACCUCUGAAAAUGACUACCCUUAUGCCGGUGUCAAUGGCCAAUGCAACGCUUCUCGGGCUAACAAGAAAGUUGUUUCGAUUAGCGGGUAUGAGGAUGUUCCUACAUUAGAUGAGAAGGCUUUGAAAAAAGCUGUGGCUCAUCAACCUAUUAGUGUUGCCAUUGAAGCUAGUGGCAGAGCUUUGCAGCUAUACCAAUCUGGUGUUUUCACUGGUGAAUGUGGUACAAAGUUGGAUCAUGGUGUGGCUGUCGUCGGGUAUGGCACAGAGAACGGUGUGGAUUAUUGGCUUGUUAGGAAUUCUUGGGGAACCAACUGGGGAGAGGAAGGAUAUUUCAAGUUAGAACGUAACUUGGUUGGUACAAAGAAUGGUAAAUGUGGAAUUGCAAUCGAAGCUUCUUACCCUGUUAAGAAUGAAGGCGAUGAUCAUACACCGAGCAAGCCUUACUUGGUUCGCGAAAUUGCUGCUGCUGUUGCUGAGAUGGUAGCUUCUGCUUAAAUGAAAACCAUAUUGGGGGUGGAAUGGAGAAAGAAGAAAACUAAGUAUGGUGGCAAAGAUGCAUAAAAAAGUUGCCCCUUUUGGUUGAAACAGUAACUAGUAACUAGUAACUAAUAACUAGUAACUAGUAACUGGUAACUGGUAACAAGUUCCACCCUUUGUUCCCUUAUAGGUCUAAGAGUUUACACCAGAAGAAUUUUUGGUGCCUUAUUUGGAAUCACUAUGUUUUUGUAUAUAGAUUUUAAUAUUCCAAAACUGCAACACAUAAGAAGAAGAAGAAGAAAAGGAUGUAUAGUGUUGCAGUUCAUUGUCAUUAUUAUCAUUGAAAUUUUAGCCUGAUUUUUUACAUCAGGGAAAAUCUAUGCAAUUAAUUUAAUCUA